AUGGAAUCAGGCGGGGUGGCGGUAAGGGAGAACCGAAUGGCGGCCUUCGCGGGGAAGUGGGAGGCGUUCGGGCAGACCAAGGUGGCGGCGCUGAAGGCGGCUGUGGCGCAGGGCGUGGCGCAGAGCCAGCAGAUGUUCGAGAAGGAGAAGCCUGCUCAGCUCACGCCCGUCGAGCAAGAUGACAAGGUGAAGGAGCUGCGCGCAUCCCUCGGUCCGCUCCCCAAGCGCGCGCGGAUAUUCUGCUCCGACGCGUGUCUGCGCCGAUACCUGCGCGCGCGCAACUGGCACGUGCAGCGCGCCGAGCGCAUGCUGCGCGACACGCUCAAGUGGCGCGACCAGUGCCGCCCGGAGGAGAUUCGAUGGGCGGACGUGGCGGAGGAAGGCGCGACGGGCAAGGUGUACCGAACGGCAUUCCAGGACAAACACGGCCGCCCAGUCGUGGUGCUCUCUGCCGGCCAGCAGAACACCAAUAACCACGCAGGGCAGGUGCGGCAUCUCGUGCAUUGCCUUGAGAACGCCGUCAUGAACCUGCCGGCCACUGCCCGCGAGCAGCAGCAGCCGCAGCAGCAAGAUGGUGUGGAGCAGGGAGAGCAGCAGGGGGAGCAGGAGCAGAUGGUGUGGCUGAUUGAUUUCCGCGGAUGGAGCAUGCGCAAGGCUCCGCCGCUCAAGACGUCUCGCGAGGUGUUGAGCAUUCUGCAGAGCCACUACCCGGAGAGGCUCGGCGCUGCUGUCAUCUACAACCCGCCCGCCGUCUUCGAGGCCUUCUGGAAGGUGAUCCGCCCCUUCAUAGACCCGGUGACGUUCAACAAGAUCCUCUUUGUCAACCCAUCUAAGCCCGACACGGUGAGAAAGCUCGAGGGGAUCUUCGACCUGGACCGCCUUGAAGAGGCGUUUGGGGGGCGGUCCAAGUGGACCUAUGACCAUGCGACAUAUGGCGAGAUGAUGGCACGGGAUGAUGAGAAGACGGCAGAGUACUGGGGGAUUGUUGAGGGGGAGCGGUUGGGGCAGCAGCAGGAGAUUGUGGGGGAUGAGAGCGGGGACGCUGCUGCUCACGACUACCUUGGUGCUGCUUAG